ACUGUUUACGCUUUAAAGAGAUUGGCAGACCUGGGUUAAAAAAAAUAUUCUAAAUAUGUGAAUUAUUCCACUAAGUUUUAAGAAUACCGUUAUAUCUUAAAGAAAAUUUGAUUUUAACAAUUAAAUCCUAAUUAAGUAAUGGUGCUUAACAAUUAAACCUUUUUCUUAGAUACCUUUCUAAAGUAUGUCAUAAGUACUUUUCACUGAAAACGUAAAGUGUGGUUUUAGAGAAAGUUUAGACACAAAAUGGUUAAAACUGAGGUGAACAGAACUUGGUGGUUUGUUUUUGGAACAAUAUGCGUUUUAACAUUAAUAAUAAGAUUUUAUAAAGUCACUGAACCUGAUCAUAUCUGCUGGGAUGAAACUCAUUUCGGAAAAAUGGGAUCAUGGUAUAUUAAUCGUACAUUCUUUUUCGAUGUUCAUCCCCCAUUGGGAAAAAUGUUGAUUGGUCUUUCGGGUUAUUUAACAGGUUAUGAUGGCAAUUUUGCUUUCGAUAAACCAGGUGAUAAAUAUGAGAAUGUUAACUUUAUUGGAAUGCGAAUAUUUUGUACAGCAAUGGGGGCCACAGUAAUUCCAACUACAUACUUAAUAGUAGAUGAAUUAACUCAAUCUGUGAUAGCAUCAGCUUUAUCAUCACUAUUCAUUUUAUUUGAUGUUGGGUUAUUAACGUUGACGCAAUACAUUCUAUUGGAUCCAAUUUUAUUAUGUUUUAUGAUGACUUCAAUAUUAGGAGGUGUAAAAGUCUCAUCGAAUCGAAUUAAACCGUUUUCGAAAUCAUGGUGGUUUUGGUUGGCUUUUUCUGGUACGAUGCUAUCUUGUUGUAUAUCUGUAAAAUUCGUUGGAUUAUUUGUUGUGUUACUUGUUGGAUUGAUGACUAUUGGCGAUUUAUGGACCAUUUUAGGAGAUUUAACAAAACCAAUCACAGUAACAAUAAAACAUCUAGCAGCGAGAGUCUUCUUUUUAAUUUUAUGGCCAAUAUGUUUAUACAUGAUAUUUUUCUACAUCCAUUUAACAGUUUUACACAAAAGUGGAAAUGGAGAUGGUUUUUAUAGCUCCGCUUUUCAAUCACAAUUAAUCGGAAAUAGUUUACACAAUGCGACCAUGCCAAGACAAGUCGCAUAUGGUGCGAUUAUAACAUUAAAAAAUCACCGGACAGGUGGAGGUUAUCUUCAUUCACAUUAUCAUUUGUAUCCGGAUGGAAUAGGAGCCAGACAACAACAGAUCACAACGUACACUCACAAAGACGACAAUAAUAAAUGGAUAAUUAAAAAAUACAAUUCGGAAACGUCUGAAGGCGUACAAAUCCUUAGAAGUGGCGAUUUAAUCCGAUUGGAACAUAUUGCAACGAAAAGAAACCUUCAUUCGCAUAAAGAACCAGCGCCGAUAACAAAAAAACAUUUGCAAGUCACUGGAUAUGGAGAGAAUGGUACUGGGGAUGCGAAUGAUGUUUGGAAAGUGAUUGUUAUUGGGGCGAACGAUAAAGCAGAAGUAACCGCCGUAAAUACCAAAUUAAAAUUUGUCCAUUAUAUUCAAUCAUGUAUCUUAACAACAAGUGGAAAACAACUCCCCAAAUGGGGGUAUGAACAACAGGAAGUAUCUUGUAAUCCUAAUUUGAGGGAUCCCCAUGCGGUGUGGAAUGUUGAAGAAAAUAUUUUUGAUAAAUUGGAAAAUGUUAGUUUUGAAGUAUAUGCCCCAAGUUUCUUUGAAAGAUUUAUCGAAUCUCAUGCUGUGAUGUUUCAAGGAAAUGCUGGAUUGAAACCCAAAGAGGGAGAGAUUACUUCACGUCCAUGGCAAUGGCCAAUAAAUUAUAGAGGUCAAUUUUUUUCAGGAUCCAACUACCGAAUUUAUUUAUUAGGAAAUCCAGUGAUUUGGUGGUCAAACUUGUUAUUUUUGGGCAUCUUCCUCAUAGUAUUUUCAAUUAACGCCAUCAAAGAACAAAGAGGUUACAUUCAACCAAAUAAUAAUGAUCACAAUUACAUGAAAGUUAAGGGGUGUACAUGGCUUUUUAUUGGUUGGUUAUUACAUUAUGUUCCAUUUUGGGCUAUGGGCAGAGUGUUAUAUUUUCAUCAUUAUUUCCCAGCUCUCAUAUUUAAUUCUAUGCUAACUGGUAUUAUUUUGGAUUAUAUCUUAGAAAAUGUAUUCGUCUUAUUCCCAAAGAAAAUCUCAACAACCAUUUAUCACACGUCUUUAGUACUUAUUAUUUCAAGUCUUAUUUAUAGCUUUUUAUUAUUCUCCCCAUUAGCUUAUGGAAUGAGUGGUCCACAUGCUAAUGAAUUAAAUUCAACCAUGUAUGGUCUUAGAUGGUUGGAUAGUUGGGAAUUUUAAAAUUUUUAGAUUUAAGCAAUGUUUUUUAAAUGAUAUUUUUAGAAAAUUAUUUAUUACUAAAUUGUAUUGGUAUAUUUGUGUAUUACAUAAAAUAAAUUUUAUCUAAUCUACUACAUAAGAAAAAUCAGC